GUAAAACAGGCUGGCCCACUGGUCAUAGCAUCAUAUAUAAACCCACAGGCUCUGUCUGCAAACAUACACAGUAGGGGGAAAAUUCUCUCAGUGAACAACCAAGCUGGUGAAGCAACGUGAAACUGCUGACAUGAAACUCGAGUUGCUUGUUGUGGUGGCUGUGGCAGUCCUGCUGCCCAGUUUUUCUGAGAGCCGCAUCGUCUCCAAAUGCGAGCUCAGAGAAAAGCUUGGUGAAAUGCUUGAUCUGCCCCUGAGACUGGAGGAAAGAACGUUGGCAACAGUUAUCUGUGAAGUACAAAGGAGGUCUGCUCUGAACACCGAGUUGGUCAAGUCAUUUGGCAAGUGCAUCCCUACCACACCAAAGCCAGCGGUGGUCACAACCCCCUCCACAAGCGGGGACAACAAUAUGAUCACUGGAGCAGCCACAGCGACAAACACCAAUUCAACAACCAUAGACCUGACCAACACCACUACUGCUACUAACACUAGUACUAUUCCCACUACUGCCAACUCCACCAUCAGCUCAGGGAACACAACCUUUGUGUCAAACAGCACAACUGGCAUGAAAAGACGAAGACGGGAUGCUGAUUCAGGCAGUGAGAAGGAGAACAAGUUUAGUGAAGAGGAGCACGAGGAUGACAGUGAAAUGGAAGAUGAGGAUGAAACGAGCAGUGAGGACGAUGACGAAUCCAAAAACCUUUACGGGUGUCUUUCAGCUGUCUGACAGAGAGUUCUGUGAUUCGGGGUACUGCCCAUCCAAAAGUAUGUGCCAUGCCUCCUGCACAGCUUUUACUGAUGAUGACAUAACUGAUGAUAUUGUUUGUGUUGUCGAGACUGGUUACUGGAAGGAGAUCCUGAAAAGUGCCUCGAAGUCAUGUCGUCGCCCCAGGGAUUUCUUUGAAGAAUGUGACUAAAUGGCUGUGAGAUCAUGGUUGCUACAAUUUCCUAAUGAAAUCCACCUUCAGUGAGCCAUGAUUGAGGAACCGCAUGGUCCAUUACCAACCAAACAGCAUUUUUUUUGUUUUGUUUUGUUUGGUGGGUGGAUCAUUCAGUAACCAUUGCUUUGUACCUGUAUCUUUUAAUAGUUAUGCCAAGUGACCUAAUCAGCCCUCAGAUUCAAAUGUGAUUUUUUUCAAGUCUAAAACUCAGUGGUUUACAUCUAGUCCUAUUCCUUUUCUUUCAAUAAAUAUUGAUUUGCAGCA